AUGACACAUUACAUACUGUAGUCUUUGGUUUACAUAGCUAUUAUUUGGCUAUUUUGAAAAACGUAGUGAUUAUAAUUUAUAUUCUCUGUGCUAUUUUGAAGAGGCACAACAUAGUGUUUACUAUUUCAGUAACUUUAAUUUUACAAUUUGCAAUACUUAAUAAAUUCUUGUAUUCUUUUUGCACAUAAUAAGUAGCUGUUAAUCUUGAGUUGAAGUGUGAGGAUUGAGGAACUUUGACAAAAUGACAACUGCAGCCAGACCAACUUUCGAUCCUGCAAGGGGCGGCCAAGGUCGUGGUGAAAAAGAUUUAAGUGCUAUCUCCCGCCAAUAUUCUAGCAGAGAUCUCCCGGGUCAUACAAAGUUAAAAUACAGGGAACAAGGUCAAGGAACUACUGAUGAGCUACGAUCAAGAGAUUUCCGUAAAGAGCUUGAUGAAAGAGAGAAGGAAGUCAAAGCCCCUAAUGCUAGGAGACAAGUGGAGCCAUCAGUGAAACGACUAAAGACUGACCAAGUGCCGGCAGCUAGUUUAGACGCUGAUGAUCCUCUUGAAGGCGACUCAACCGAUUCUGAGGACUCUGACGAUGAUACCGCUGCCUUGUUAGCAGAGUUAAAUAAAAUAAAAAAAGAGCGUGCUAUUGAACAGGCUAAGAAGGAAGCUGAGAAGAAACAAGAAGAGGAGAGAAUAAGAAUGGAGAAUAUAUUGUCUGGAAAUCCCCUGUUAAAUUAUUCUGCAGCAGGACAGAAGAAUGAUUUGAAGGUAAAAAGGCGAUGGGAUGACGAUGUCGUGUUCAAAAACUGCGCCCGCACAGAACCUGAAAAGAAGGCAAAUACUUUCAUCAACGACUCUUUAAGAUCAGAAUUUCACAAAAAAUUCAUGGAAAAGUAUGUUAAAUAAUCUUACAUUAAGAUGUUACUUUGUAAUAUAAUAUGGCUCUUACUAAUAGGUACCUACUGUCUUCAUAAAGUGCACAUAAUUUUUUUUUUGUUGUACAAACCAUAACUUUUUUAUGAGCAACCCAAAGGUUUUAAAGACCAGCAAAACGGAAACGAGCACAGCUAAGUAUAUAUAUUUGUGUUUUUAACGUAUCUUUUCACAAAGAAGGUAUAUAUUUUAUCUCAGACAUCUAGUAAAGAGUGUAAGAAGUGUGUAAAGUUUUAUUAAUAAUAAUUUGUAGGUCACAUAGGACGUACUAUUAUUCUCUUGAUCUAAUUAUGUACAUUGUACCUAAUGAUUUUUCACAUUUGUUUAUAAUUCAAAAAUGUUCUUGAUGUAAAGCCAAGUACCCAUUAGCAAUAUAACUUGCAGAAGUCAUCUCUGGCAAGCCACUUGCAUUUACGUAGAUAAACAAUUACCCACCAAGUCAACUUCUGCAAGUUUUGUAUCGUAAACACUGGCUCUAUCGCGACAGAUUGACAGAUACAGUGUGAUGAUCAUAAUCUCCUCAGAUUGGCCGAUACUCGCUCACUAUUGGCUACAAUGCAUUGUUGCAACAACAAUACAAUAAAUUCAGCCAAUCAUAGCAAUUUAGAUUGUAAUAAUGAUUGAUGACGCUUUUUUCGAAAUCGACCAGCAGAUUACAGAUGUUUUAUAGUAGCUUGACAUUAAUUGACAGAAUUGAUUUCUGCAAGUUGUAUUGUUAGUGGACACUAGCCUAUAGACUUAGUAAAGUGUAAUUAGGUAACUAAGUUCUGUUUUGGGUUCAAUAAAUUAUUAUAUAAGAUCAUAA